AUGAUCAAGCAGAAACUGCAGUCGUUGGCCGGCACGAGCCCGAUGAACCCUGCCCCCUACUCCCCCAGAAACAGCAUCGAUGUGCACUCUUUCACCCUGAGCAACGACGAUCUCGCAGGCGAGUCCGCCGACUUCAGCAAGACAAACAUGAAACCCUACAACGACGCGCUGGCGUCGUAUCUGUCGCAGUGCGGCUUCAGCGCCAGCCUGGUGAAGUUCAAGCACGGCUCGAAAAUCGGCAAGUCUGCGCUGAAAAUAUUCGGCAACUCCACUCCAAAGUCUGUGCAGGCGUUCCUGUCGGGCACGGGCCAGAUGCUGUUUUUGCCGUACAACCCGGCCAAGAAGAAGGACCAGCUUGCAGACGACGCUCCCGACGAGGACGAGGAGGGCGAUAUGGACGAGUCUGACAUCGACGAGACCCCCGAGCCGGGACAGCAGGGUUCGCGCCAGCCGCGUGCUCCGCACCACACUGUGGCCAGCCACACGUUUGUCGUGGUCGUCCGGCUCAUGAAGACCCAGUCGCUGACCUCUGUGGCUCGGGCCCGCUACUACGCCGACGCGACCACAAACUGGACUUCUGGCAUCAGCUUGGAAAAUUCAAAGGGAAAACACAAACUGGCAUUCAAGGAAAAGUACAAAGUGUCUAAAGACAUUGACUGGGACCUGGAUCUGCGCAACCCAGACUGCUUUAUCCCGUUCAAAGUCUUCGACAGCGACCCAGACAGUGUGGAGGAGUUCAACUUCGAGUUUGCUCAGGAUGCAGAGUCAGAAGUCACAUCGUCCACCAAAACGUCUGCGGAGAUUCUGCGCUCUUCCUCCGCAGCUCAGGAACUCCGAUACUACGAGCCUCUGAGCCCAAAAGACUUUGUCAGUGAAAUCGAAGACAACGGUAAAGACACUGUCAAACACGAGGACCUAUUUGCAGGGGUGGAGGCUGAGGCACGCAAUUUCCAGCCUGGUUACUACGUAUUUUUGCUUCCUGUGGUAUACCCGAUCAACACCCCUGAAACCGUGCGGACACCUCUCGCUACUGUCUCGCACAAUCUGCACGUGCAAGUUGAGUCCGCGCAAUACGUUCCUGCCAUUCUUCCUCCCCCAUCAGCUUUGCUUUCCGUUCCGCAACACCAUAGGUAUGAGGACACCGACAUGGUGGGAAGCUACUUCAAUUCCAACACCUCCAAGGGUAUCCGACUUAAAAUCGGCCGCCACCGAUCUUCCUCCGUUUCUUCAAACGCCUCAGCUUCGCACAAGCCCGCAAACCCAAUGUACGACUUUAGCCACGAGCUGCCGGUUAUUCGUCUGCCUCCUUCGGACGCCACGUCCACAUUGAACAAAUCCAUCUACGUCAACAAGAUCUGGAGCGAUUCUCUCAACUACGAGAUUCUGCUGCCUCGGAAGUUCAUCCAGCUCUCUCCAAAAACUGGCAUCAACGACCCGUUUAUGAGAACAUCGACCUUUGUUCUGCAAAUGAAGCUCAUUCCGUUGGUGAAAAAUCUUUCUCUGAAGCGGAUCAAGAUCAACAUUGUGGAAAAAAUCACAUACAUCUCAAAGGACCGCAAGUACGAGGCCGAAGUGGGCUCAAUGGACCGUUCUGGGUGCAAAGAGCGCAAAGUGACGUUGAUGGAGAUCAAAACCAAGGAGAAGAAUCACACCGCCGCCAUGAACACCCAGAUCAUCAAGGGCUGUGUUAACGAUAACCUUCUGACGUUCUGUUACAACAACGGGAAAUUGUCCGACUUCGAGGGACGCAGCAGAUCAGGGUCUUUCAGCAACUUGCAUCUGGGAACGAAAAGAAUGGCCAAAUUGCUCGAAACGUCCAAAAAUUCGAGUUCCAGCUCGUUGCCUUCAGCCACACAGGAGGAAGUCAGCAUCACGAAUCCUGUCAAAUUGCAGUGUCCGCUACGUUUCAUUGCAAACGACGAAACGAAACUCAUCUCCGAGACCCACGAUGCUCUUACACAAAAUGGCGUUGACGGCAAUGACAACGAUAUCGAUCCGACUCCUGUCGGCGACGAGGUGUCCAUUUUUUCUAUGAGCUCGCAGGGCGAAAACGACCAGCAGGAAGAAGAGAGUUCUGGCUGGCUGUCCAAAUCGCCUUUGCUUUCGCCUAUUCUGUCUCCAAAAAAGACAACCUAUCCACCAAAGAUGUCAAAUAAAGAGGAGGACCGGUUGCAGGAGUUCUCAUUUUAUCCCGACACUAAUUUCCACAACGUGAAUAUCAAACAUCGACUGCAGGUUUGUUUCCGCAUCAGCAAGCCGUACGAAAACAAAACCGACCACAAUGGCGAGCAGAAAAUGCAUCACUACGAGGUGAUUGUGGACACGCCCAUUGUCUUUGUCUCGCCUUUCUGCGUGCGCGAGAACGUCGAGCUCCCUAGCUAUGAAUACGCCGUGAGAUCGUCAGCGCUCGACGCCUCAAAACCGACCGACGGCUUUGCUUUUAGUGCUGAUUGCGACCAGAACAACGACAUCGACGAGGAUCUGCCGACUUUCGAAGAGGCCGUGUUACAGCCUUCGUCUCCGAUGAUGAGCGGCUACAACAUUCCGAACCAGUACUCCUCGACGUUCAAUUCCACCACCAUGCUCUCGCAGUCGCCGUUCUCAAUCGGGCCCAGUUCACCUCCUGCAUCUUACAGCAUGGGUCAUAACGGCAGCAGUUUGAGCGGGCUCAACCUCAACAACAUGAACGACGUGAGCUUCAAUAACCUCGACAGCCUGCUUCAGAAGGCCGAUGCGGAAGACGACGAACUAUUUGCGAAAAAGGAUAUCAAGCCCUCCAGCGCGGGAGGACAGCUGAGUAAUCUGCUGAAGCCGUCGGUCUCGAAGGAGAACGUGAUCAGCCGUCCUGCGAUCAUCAUCAAUGGAAAAUUUGACUACGAAAACGCCAGCCAUGUUCCAUCGAGAUCUUCCUUGGCAUACUACGAAGACGAUCUUCCGUCCUACCAGAACGUGAUCGAGCAAGACUCUCACGACAUGGAGGAGAAUUUAGGACUUCUGUCUGACGGCGACGACAUCGAGGGCGACGAAACGUUCCAUCUCACGCACGGCAAUCAAAGUCUAUGUACUUUGGAUCUGAAUACCGUGCCGGCCCAGGCCACCAGUAUCCUGGACUAG